UCCCGUUGACAUUUCACGCUGUUACUCUUAUUCAAUAACACUUGUUGGUGCAACAAGAUGAAGUUCACGAGUGGAGUUUGAACGAAAAGCUUCGUGUUUUGGACUGAAAGGUUGGGCCCGCGGCACGGGGAGGAUGUCUCAGUUGCUGAGGCUUCUCUCGGCGGCCGCCCUGCCUCUCUGCCGGGCUGGAGGAGCCCGGGCGCGGCUCUCAGCGGUGACGGCAGGACGGCUCCUCACAGCCGGAUUCCGAAGCUCCGCUGCCUCGAGCUAUUGUCGGACUCCAACAAACUUCCUGUCCUGUCGCAGAUUCCAGUUGGUUCAGCGACGACUGUACUCCACUGAACCCAAAGAUGGAAAGGGUGGAGCAGGAGGAGCAGGAGGAGGAGGAAGAUCAUCAGGUGGAGGGAAGAGAGGAGGAAAAGACUGGUGGAGCCGAAUGCAAAAGGGUGACUUCCCCUGGGACGAGAAGGACUUCAGGUACUUGGCGGUCACCGUGGCUGGAGUCAGUUCAGUUCUGCUGUAUUUAUACUUCAGAGACAACGGCAGAGAGAUCAGCUGGAAGGACUUCGUCCACCGCUACGUGGCCAGGGGAAUGGUGGAGCGCUUAGAGGUCGUCAACAAACAGUAUGUCAGAGUCAUCCUGGUGCCGGGAGCCGACCCUGAUGCGAGCUACGUCUGGUUCAACAUCGGCAGCGUCGACACGUUUGAGAGGAAUCUGGAGGCGGCGCACACGGAACUCGGCCUGGAGCCGUCACACAGACUUGCUGUCAUCUACAGCACAGAGAGUGACGGCUCCUUCCUGUUGAGCAUGAUACCCACCCUGCUGCUGAUUGGCUUCCUGCUCUUCACCCUGCGGCGAGGACCAAUGGGAGGAGGCCCCGGCGGCGGGAGGGGCGGGCCCUUCAGUAUGAGCGAGUCCACGGCGAAGAUGAUGAAGGACAACAUUGAGGUGAAGUUCAAGGACGUGGCCGGCUGCGAGGAGGCCAAGCUGGAGAUCCUGGAGUUCGUCAACUUCCUGAAGAACCCACAGCAGUACCAGGACCUCGGGGCCAAGAUCCCAAAGGGUGCCGUGCUGUCCGGACCUCCUGGGACAGGGAAGACUCUGCUGGCUAAAGCCACAGCCGGAGAGGCCAACGUCCCCUUCAUCACCGUCAACGGCUCCGAGUUCCUGGAGAUGUUUGUGGGCGUCGGUCCUGCCAGGGUGAGGGACAUGUUCUCCAUGGCGAGGAAGAACGCCCCCUGCAUCCUCUUCAUCGAUGAGAUCGACGCUGUGGGGAGGAAGAGGGGAGGGGGGAACUUUGGUGGUCAGAGUGAACAGGAGAACACAUUGAACCAGCUGCUGGUGGAGAUGGACGGUUUCAACACGGCGACUAACGUGGUGGUCCUGGCUGGAACCAACAGACCCGACAUCCUGGAUCCUGCUCUGAUGAGACCGGGACGCUUCGACAGACAGAUCUACAUAGGUCCUCCGGACAUCAAGGGCAGAGCGUCCAUCUUUAAAGUCCACCUGCGACCAAUCAAACUGGACCCCAACAUGGACAAAGACGUUCUGGCCAGGAAGAUGGCUGCUGCCACGCCAGGAUUCACUGGAGCUGACAUCGCUAAUGUCUGCAACGAGGCGGCACUGAUCGCUGCUCGACAUCUCAACGAGUCCGUCAACGCCAAACACUUUGAACAGGCCAUCGACCGGGUCAUUGGAGGUCUGGAGAAGAAGACUCAGGUCCUGCAGCCCACAGAGAAGAAGACUGUAGCGUAUCAUGAAGCGGGUCACGCCAUCGUGGGCUGGUUCCUGCAGCACGCCGACCCGCUGCUGAAGGUGUCGAUCAUCCCGCGGGGGAAGGGUCUGGGUUACGCCCAGUACCUGCCCAGAGAGCAGUACCUGUACAGCAGAGAGCAGCUGUUCGACAGGAUGUGUAUGAUGCUCGGAGGCCGCGUGGCCGAGCAGGUCUUCUUCGGCAAGAUCACCACCGGAGCUCAGGACGACCUGAAGAAGGUCACGCAGUCCGCCUACGCUCAGGUGGUGCAGUUUGGGAUGAGUGAGAAGGUGGGACAGGUGUCGUUCGACCUGCCCCGGCAGGGUGAGAUGGUCAUGGAGAAGCCGUACAGCGAGGCCACAGCAGAGCUCAUCGACGAGGAGGUCAGGGAGCUGGUGGAGCGAGCGUACGAGAGAACGCUGGCGCUCAUAGAGGAAAAGAAGGAGCUGGUGGAGAUGGUGGGGAAGCGUCUCCUGGAUAAGGAGGUCCUGGACAAGGCGGACAUGUUGGAGCUGCUGGGCCCGCGGCCUUUCGAGGAGAAGUCUACGUACGAGGAGUUUGUGGAGGGGACAGGAAGCUUUGAGGAGGACACGAGUCUGCCAGAGGGGCUCAAAGACUGGAACCAGGAGAGAGGAGGGGAGGCGGAGGAGACGAGCCCGACUCAGGACAGACAGCAGGCCGUGUAGAGCCGCGAGACUCAGAUAAGACAAACAAACGCUUCACAUCCCAGCCGCAAAAAAACCCAACAACCAACUUGACGCUGCCUCAGUUUCACAGACUCUGGGAGGAAAAAUGAUUCCCACAGAUUAGUGAUCCAUGCCGUCAAUUGACUUUAUUUCCCUCAGGUUAAUGAUUAAGACACUUAAAUGACUGAAUCCAUCACAGCAGAUUCCGUUUCAUCUAGUCUCACCAUAGACUGCACUGAUUUAGAUUUUAAUUUGCACAGACGUGGAUAUAUUUCAGUUUUUUCUGUUAAAAUUUUCUGGAUCUUUUCUGUUGCUGAACAAAAGGAGGCAAAAACAUUAUUCAAGAGCACAAAGUAUUAUUUCAAGGACACAAAUGAAGUCAUUAAAGCGUAUGAAUUACUAAUCUGAGGGAGUGAUGGUCAGAAAUGUUCCUCACGAGAUCCACCAGGCUCCGCACAACCUACAUGUGGACUGUAGUUUCACUGAGGCUGCCAUCAGUUUGUGUUUUCACUGUUCGGACAGGAAGUUGCUCCAAACUGCCUUAACACUGAUCAGACUGACUGUUUGAAAUAUUCCCCAGCAGAGUGUGAAUGAGGCACAUUUACAGCGUGUGAACACACUGACUUUUCUUUUUAUUUAUUGUAUAAAAAGGGAGUUUCGCUCCCCGACUGACGAGGAAGAGACGGCUUGAAGAACUUUUCCUGCAGCUAAAUUUUAAACAUUUUUACUGGUUUAAAUAUUUUUGAGAAUUGAUGUGAAGUUAUUUUUGUUUCCUGCCAUUUUUACAUUUCAAUGAAGUUUUCUUUGAUUAACUGGCAGCACUGACACGUUUCACCCUGUGCAGUAGAGGUGGGAAUCUCCAGAAGACCCACGAUACGAUAUUAUUGCGACAUGCUGAGUGUUGCGAUACAAUAAAUUCUGAUAUAUUGCAA